UGCAGCCUGAGGAGAGCCAGACACACUCUCAGGCCCCGAAUAUAGAAAAAUUAUUGAAAAAAAUCGGGAAAAAUAUUAAAACAACAGAUCGAGGAAAGAAAAGAGCGGGGAGCGGUGGCGUGGGCUCUCCCACGGUGGGUUUCUGGUCUGGUCCGGGAUGGAAGGUUACCGGAGCUCCAUGUGAAAUUGACUAAUGCGGUGCUGGAAACUUUUUGGACAGUAAAGAUGCAGAGCAGUAUUUCCCACUCACCGCCAACCAUAGCUGUUGGGACUGGGUGAGGAGGAGGAGAAAUAAAGAGAGAGAAGGAGAGGAGCAACUGAAGCAGAGAGUUAUAAAAGGAAAGUGCAACAUAUGUGAAGAAGGACAAAUAGGAUUUUAAAAAACAGAUUUGGGCUCACCUCGAUGUGUCCACUAGACCACUGGCCCCUCCUGUGAGUUGUUGGUCACGUUCUUUUUUCGACGAAGCCCCCACAACUUUCCACGUUGAGCCUGCAAGGCAGGGGAGCCAUAAGUGGAUUUUCAUGGCAGCGGCACUCUAGGGCUGCCAUGGCAGCUACUGCCGCCGAUGCCUCACACCGUAUUACCGCACUGACGCCGGAGGAAGAGGGACGACGGACUGCCGCCAAGCUGUUUGGGAGCACCGCCCCGCUGCCACGGACAGAGAGAGAGAGAGAAAGAGAGAAGUGGAAAGAGAGAGAGAGGGAGAGGGAGGAAGAAGGAACAGAAGAGGUAGGGAGAGUGAGCGGGAACGAGUGUUUGGUGUGCGGGGCCCUGUUCGGUUCACAGGAGAAGCUCCGGCUCCACGCCUUGAGUCACACAGGAGAGAAACCCUUCCACUGCUCGCAGCCACACUGUCCCAAGGCCUUCAGCUCCAAAUACAAACUCUUCAGGCAUAUGGCCACACACUCUCCACAGAAGACCCAUCAGUGCUCAUUCUGUGAGAAAAUGUUCCACCGCAAAGACCACCUAAAGAACCACCUGCAGACCCAUGACCCCAACAAGGAGGCCUUCAAGUGUGAGGAGUGUGGGAAGCACUACAACACCAAGCUGGGAUAUAAGCGCCAUGUGGCCAUGCACUCUGCCACAGCAGGGGAUCUCACCUGUAAAGUGUGCAUGCAAAGUUAUGAGAGCACACCUGUUCUCCUGGAGCACCUCAAGAGCCACUCAGGAAAGUCCUCUGGUGGAGCCAAGGAGAAAAAGCACCCGUGCGACCACUGCGACCGUCGUUUCUACACGCGGAAGGAUGUGAGACGGCACAUGGUGGUCCACACGGGCCGAAAGGACUUCCUGUGCCAGUACUGUGCCCAGCGCUUUGGCAGGAAGGACCACUUGACCCGUCAUGUGAAGAAGAGCCACUCGCAGGAGCUGCUGAAGAUCAAGACGGAGCCUCCUGAUAUGUUAGGUCUCCUGGCUUCGGCGUCACCGCCUUGCUCUGUAAAGGAGGAGCUUAGCCCCUUGAUGUGCGGCAUGGGUCCUAACAAAGACCCCAUGAUGGGCAAACCGUUCCCCAGUGGUGCCCCUUUUACGAUGGGCAUGUACAACCCCCACCACCUCCAGGCCAUGUCUAAUUCUGGGGUGGGUCAUCCACACCCGUCCCUGAUGCCCAGCUCCCUGUCUGCAGCUAUGGGCAUGGGCUGUCAUAUGGAAUCCCCUGGACCUCUCCACCCACACUCCCAUCACCACCACCAUCAUCACCACCAUCACCACCACCACCAUUCCCCUCCGCUGCCCCCGCACCACCAGCCUCCGGCUCCCCAGCAGCAGCACCAGUCCCAGCCAGCCCCCAAAUACCAGCUGGGAUCUACCUCAUACCUGCUGGACAAGCCCUUGAAAGUGGAGAUGGAGAGCUUCCUCAUGGAUCUGCAGAGUGGCUUGCCAGGCCCAGUUCUCUCUGUGGAGCCCCACGCUGCUGCCUCACCCCCCAAGGACGGACUGGAGCCCACCUCGGGCCUGGCAGAUGAGCUUUGCGGGGAUCCCCUCCUGUCCAAGAGCCCUGCGGUGAUCGCUGAGUCUCUGUGUGCUGCUAACAUGGACUUCUCCCACCUGCUGGGCUUCCUCCCCCUCAAUCUGCCUCCCUACAGCACCCCCAUGAGCACGGGAGGGCUGGUGAUGGGCUACACCUCAUCUGCGACCCCUUCCUCUUCUUCCUCCUCCUCGUCUUCCUCAUCUCUCCACGCUGCCGAGCCCCAUGCUGCAGCAGUCGCCGCGGCAGCAGCCGCCGUUGCCACGGCACCUCUUACCUCUUUGCAACCGCAACCUCAGGAGCAGCAGAGCUCCAGCGGGGGUUUAAGCCUCGGACCCCUGCACCCCCUCCCACCAGUGUUCAGCUCCAGCCUUAGUACCACCACACUGCCUCGCUUCCACCAGGCCUUCCAGUGAGAGAGCCAACCCUCAGCCCAGCCUCAGCUCAGCCUAGAUGUUUCGGGCUGCGGUUCUUUACAGGGCCUGAUCAAACAGUUGGAGAAUUAGAAUAAAUAAAUACACAAAUGAACAUGUAGAAGCCUUAAAUAAAAGCCCACAAAAGCUUUUGAUUGAGCCUUAAAAGGAAGUGAAACCCCUUUGAGCAAAAAGGAAAAGGUGAGAAAAGAAGUUGAAGCAGCUUUUAUUUGGGCUUUUGUUCCUUAUCCUAUAGUUAUAAUGAUGUAUUAACCCAUCUUUUUUAAAAUUUCCAUUUACUUCCCCCUUUAUCCCCCUUCCAUCCCCUAUUUAGUAGUAUAGAGGGCAGGAUCAGUAGGCCAAAAGGCGUGGUACUGCAUACUUUCUAAAGUAAUAAUAUUAAAAAAAAAAAAAUCAAAGUUAAAUUUUUAGUGAAGAUUAUCUGUCUUGUUGUGACCCAGAAAAAAUAUAGUUUGAAGUGGAUAUUUUGUUUUACUUUAUUUUUCUUUUCCAAAUGUAAGAAAGUGGUAGAAUGUGUCUCAUCUUGAGUUUCGAACCACCCACCUCUGAUAACCGAACCUGUCAUGAUUAGUAUGGAGAAGAGAGAGACCAGUGAAGGAAUGAAGAGAUAUUGAGUUAACUCUAAAAUCCUCCAUUAGGUGGCUAUGCUAGAGCCACAAAAGUGACCCCUGCCUCUAAAAAAGUGCUCUUUUGCUCAUAUAAGAAAAGAAAAAAAUGAGUUGGAUGUCCCCUUUUAUUUUAUUUUCAACUAUAACUGAUGUGCUCCUAGAGACAGGUCAGUUUGAAUGAAAAUAAGUGAUAAAAUACUCUUAUCAAGACUGAUUAGAGUCACAAACAUGGCCACGCAUUUUUUUAAAAGACAGAAAAAAAUAAAUGUGUAAACGAUGUAAUAUCAUGCUGGCUUUUUAAACUUUUCCUCAAGAGAAGCACUUUUUGGGUUUUUUUUUUAGCAGAAGGCACUUCACCUUAAGAAUCUCCUUGGGAAACCUUUUGUUUUCUUCCUUUUGACUUCGAGGUUUUCACUGAUUCAGACAGAGACUUUCUCCUCACUCAUAGCUCCUCCUAAGACCCAGAAUCCACCUGGUUUACUUUGUGAGGACUCUCCUUCCUUCAACUGUCUUCCCUUCUAACAGUUAUCCUUACAAAGUUCCCGUGAGAAUUAUAUUUUGCAGCUGCUUCUAAGCUGCCUGACAUAUCUAAAAUAUAUAUUUUUGGAAUGAAAUACAAACACAUCUUUAGGCAGUCUUUUAAAAAGAUGUAUCAUCAUGGUAAUGAUGAACCCUGACAUAUGUGAAUGGCAAAAACAAAAGAAUUACAGUGACAGAUGAGGAAAAAAUGUGUUAAAGAAUGUUAUUGCAGUGUACGAAAUAUCUCAAAAUGAAUAUUAUAAUUGCUUUUAUCUCAGUAAGGUGUAUUUUAGGUAGACGUAUUAAAACUAAGUGAUGAUGUUUUUUUUUUAUGUCUGGCAGGUUUACAUUUUUGUGUAUCUUGCAUUUUUGAUCAAACAAUGGAUGAAGUAUUAGCUUUUUCCCUUAAGCUUUCUCUGUCAUAUCCAAUCUUUACCUUUACAUGUACUUGAGUUAGUAUAGAGGAAUCAGAACUGUGGAUGGGAAAUAUCUACAGAAGGCUGUUAGUGGCUUAAUAAUCAAUUAGGAUUUGAACUAGAUAGAUUGUGUCAUAGGAAUGCUGACAUGGAUGACCAUUAUUCAGCUAAAUAACCCCUGCGCUGUGAUGAAAUUCCCGCCGAUUUCACUCCGAGCUCAGAGGUUUUGGACGUCUUGGAGUUUAGAUCCUUUCGAAACCAUUCACCACCAGCCUCUAAAAAACCUGAGCCCAAAGUUAACCCUAAGCCUCAAAAUGAAAUAGGUGCUCUUAUCUAAUGUUCUGUCUGUGGCACGACCAACACAACUGGCAUAUCCAUGACUUUAUACAGGGCUGAGCUCCUGCAACAUCUGUCAUAAUUCAUUUUGUGUGUAAGUGUUGUUCUGGUCAUUAGAGCUCACUUUAGCCGAGCGAGCCCCCAGCCAUGUUGAUUAAAAAUGAACAAAAAAGAAAAAACAUAGCACAUAAAAAUGAAAAAUAAAAUACAUGCUGCUUUUAGCUACGGUUGCGGAUGGAUGACAACUGUAGACCACUAGAAGAUUUCGAUUUUUAAAUUUUUUUUUUUUUUGGCAAGAUGGACAGUGAGCUGAAAACAUGCAUAACCGAACCGACAAAGUGCUGCAGCUCCGGCCCCCAGCCCCCUCUGUCCUCCUCCUCCUCCUCCGCCUCUCUCAGCUGCUUCGUAGUCAAAGGAAAAGGGUCUGAAAAUACAGCGAUAUCCAGAAGAACGCAGUCACUGAAUUUCCCAGGCUUUGACAUUCAAAGCAUGAGGGACACAUGACUGAUUGCAUGACUUGGGGUGUUGCUUUUAGUCAUAUAUUUGUUUUGUUUGUUGUCAUAUGAUAUAUUAUUUUCUGUUUGUAUAAAACAGGACCUCGAAAAACAACACAACACAUCACCUCAUUUUUAUUUUUUUAUUUUUCUUACCAAAACCUGGGGAGAAGAAACUACAUUUUUGCACAAUUGCUUGUUACAAAAUGCUACAAGUGCCAUAUGCUUUUUGAUACUGUAGGAUAUGAACCCCCCCCCCCAAUGACGAGCAGCUGUUGGUGCCUGCGUAUUCAACAGGGGAAUAUUCCCCCUGGCAGGUAGGAGCAGCUGAAAAUUCAGCAUCAGUAAGCAAUGAUGUAGAAAAAGCUUCCCUACAGUCUGACUGUAUAAUCACAACGUCAUUGCUAAAAUCUUAGAUUUUAUAAUCCAAGUUCUAAAAUAAUUUGAAACUUAUUUUACUCCUAUUAGUCUUUCCCUCUGGGGAGUCAUUAUUUUGAUGAUGACUCUUACAAAGUGAUUUAUAUGAUCAACCUUUUUAUUGAUCCUAAAUGAAUUAGCUGUCAGCACCUUUUUGAGUAUUUACAUGAUAUAUUAAAAAAAAAAGCAAGAUUCAAAUUUGAUCUUUAUUAUGAGCUUAAAAAAGGUAGUUUUUAAGAAAAACCCUUUUGGCUUAAGCCAAAUUUGUAGCAAUCAAAUUGAGCUUAUAUUUUUGGAACAAAUAUUCAUUUAGUCCUUUAAAAAAAGUUAAGGAAAAGCUUUUGGCAUAUAUUCAGUUUGUCCUCCCUGGGUUUCUGUGAGCUAAUCUGAAUUCUAGCACUUUCAACCUUUAAAAAAAAAGAGUAUUUUUUUCUUUUAAAAUUUCAGCUUAUAUGUUCAUAUGUUUUUAAUUUUGUACUGAUCCUGUAUAUGUAUGUGCCAUUAGUUUGAUGUGUAGACUUUAUCAACCUUUGUGUAUUUCUCUUCUCCAAAAGAAUAACAGUAUUUUGAUAGACUUUUCACUAAUAUCCUUCGACAUAAGAGCCCCCUGCCCCUUCUCCUUCAUAAAUUUAACUAAUCAAACUCUAUAGCCGAGUGCUUGAAGAGAACAGCAACAGCAUAUCUGUUAUUGUGAGGCGGUGAGAAACGAGACGUUUGUCAGUAGUGUCAAAGCCACAACCUGCCAUUGAAAUGCUGUUGCAACAGGGAUCCAUCUGCAGGCCAUUGUAAUAUGGCCAUGUAACUAAACAAAAAUGAAGUCAGGAGUGACCCCAAAAUAUAGCACUUAAAGCUCAUUGAACUUGUCCCCGCCAAAAGGAAUAACUUUAUGCUGAUAUGAGUCAAACGUGUGAAUAGUGCCAUUGUGUUGCAAGAAUGACAGUUUCUGUUUUCCAUUGCUACUUGUUUAAUUGACUAUCAAAUGUGGCUUUAAAUUUAUGUAACUAAACAGAAAUCUGAAGUGAAAAAGUCUCAGUUGAACAUGGAAGUGUGGUCAGGUGGUACUUGUGGCCGUCAAACACUGACAACAACAGAUCUCAUGCCAGUUGUACCAAAAUAAAAAUCUCAUGGUUAGUCAAAAUGUUGACUUACUAACAUCAAAAUUAUAAGAUAGUAAGUCAGAAUUAUGACUCAAUUUGUCAAAAAAUUUUGAGAUAGUAAGUAGAAAUGAUGGUUUACUAAGUUAGAAUUAUGAUGCAAUAAUUCAAAAUUAUGAGAUACUAAGUUGAAAUGUUGAAUUACUGUUUCUUAAUUCUUACUUUAUAAGUCAUAACUUGACUAUCUA